UAGAUGGAAAUUGAUAAUAACAACCAAAUCGAAUUAAAAUUUUUACAAAAUAUACAAAAUAUGGCCGCUAUACGGGUUCUAGCGUUUUGGGCGUUUGUGGGCGUGGCACCCUGCUGAAACAAGCUUGCGCUGCGCAGGAACCCUAGAAUUUGCAUGCUUAAUUCCAACGUUCUAGCUCCUAUACGGAAAGACGGACUGACGUCUAGAUCGACUCAGCUUGUGAACCUGAUCAAGAAUAUGUACACUUUAUGUGGUCGGUAACGCUUCCCACUUUCCGACGAGUCUAGUAUACAUUUUCACUCUACGAGUAACCGGCUUAAUAAUAAAAAGACCGUUAUAUUUCGUUUUCGUUAACAUAAAUUGAUGGGGAACAUUAUCUUAAUAUUUCUGUGAUUAUCAUUUACAUUUCUAAACGAAAUAUUAAAAAAAUAUUUUUUUAAGUGUAAAAAAAAUUGUACCUUGUUUAUUAUCAUAUUAACUUUAUCUCUUGGAAAUACCAUUUUAUCUAUUAUAUUAUAAUAUCGAAUAAAAUUGUUUAACUAUCGGAUAAUUAUUAUCAAAAUUAUACAAAGAUCAUAAAAUUUCUGUAAUUAGUUUUAAGUUCUCAAAGAAUUGGAAUGCUCUGUGCAUACUAUGCCAUUGUGGGAACGACAGGCAAGGGUAUAGCAUCUUCGGCUUGCCGAAGUAAGCUUUCUUUCUUGUUCAGGAAGUCGCCAAAAUUUCGACCUAGAAUGCGAUCCACUCAUUUUUCCCGCAGCAGCAACACGAGGCACUUCGGAUACACACACGUUGGAAGCGGCAAAGAUUGGUGCUCAUCCCAAAACCGGGCCAGUUGAACAACGACGCAUCCACAUACAGACCCCUUUGAAUGCUAAAUACAAUGUGGAAGAUUUUCGAGCGCAUAAUCUGCACCCACUUCGAAAAAGAACUCGACGGACCACCAGUUUGGCUUCCGGACAAAAAGAAGCACCAUUGACGCGAUACAAGCGGUCACCCAAUUGGCUGCUAACGCAAUCGAAGGAGAAAGGUAACUAGGUGGCUCAAAAGAGUGCUGCCUCGUCUGCACCCUGGAUGUCAAGAAUGCCUUUAACUCUCCCAACUAGAUCCUUGUCCUGCAAGCGCUUCAUCGCGUGGGAGUCUCGGACUACCUGACCGACCUCGUUGCAGACUACUUCAAGGACAGAGUGCUCACAUAUUCCAUAUAUUGACAGGAGGAGUACCUCAAGGGCCCGAUACUAUGGAACGCCAUGUACGACGGGAUCCUAAGGCAGGUACUACCCGAAGGAUGCACUGUUAUAUGCGUUGCGGACGACAUAGCGCUGGUAACGGUAGCGAAAACUCUCGAACAGUUCACAGAUAGAUGCAGCCUCUCGAUGGACACCCUCUUGUGCUGGCUCGCAGACAACGGGUUAUCAGUUGCCGAGCACAUAACGGAGGCAGUGCUCAUGAGCAGCAGGAAGACUGUGGAGAAGGCAACAAUACGAGUCGACUCAACUCCAAUAAAAACAAGUGCAUCAUUCAAGUACCUUGUGAUCGAUCAUGCAGCAGCCAAAGCAUCUAGAUCGACUGCAGCCAUCUCAAGGAUGAUAGCCAAUACUCGAGGACCAAAGCAGCUGAAGGAUCAUAGCGUGACCUCUACUAUUCUGUACGCCUCGCCCAUAUGGGCCGAAGCUAUGAAGACCGCGACAUACAGCCGCCACUGCAAAGCUGUAUACAGACGCUCAGCUCAUCUAUUGUUUGCGCAAGUGGAGAGUUAAUUUUCAUUGCACCAGUACAGUGGCUAGUAAAAAGAAAGUAUACAUUUUUGAUAUGUAACAGAUUUGCCUAGAAGGAGUUCUGUUACAGCUCGCUGUAAUGUCGCGCUGCGUCAUUUUUCGCUGCCGAUAUUGCGUUCCAAAUCAACCACGUUCUGUUUCCUUACAUAACCAAAGGGUUUAGUUCAGCUUCGCAAGUGACCAGAGGACAGCUUAGUUUGAGCAGCCAUCAGGAGACUUGCAGGCUAUAUGUAGGAAACAAUGAAUUUUUUAAAGGAGUUUUUUAAUUUCGCUAAGAAUUUCAUAAAAUUCGGUGCCCGUGGUAACUGGGAACUCGGUACAUUUUCCUCGUUCACCGGCGGUCUGCCCAGCAACGAUGCUGCAACGCUUUCGCACAUGCUAUACAAAUCGCUACUCAAUUUUGAGAAUACGCAGUUUCGCUGUACAUAAUGUGGGAAGUCCUGCAGAAUCCUUAGAUGCUCUUCGAAACCAAUCUAUACCUCAAAAGCGCUGACAGGAGAACACAUGUAAUCAUAGGCAGUUGCAACGCAGUCGGAGAAGCAUUCAAUUUAAAAAAAACCAUCGAGCACUUGUCUCAGGGAAUGGAAGUGUGUUUGUUUAACAUAAACCUCGUCGUCGGAAGUACUAUUACACCCAACAACUGCAGGGAUAUCAGCUUUAAAAUUAGAGCGCACACAUCACCCUAUAGGACCGUGUUGUCCUUUGUUUUCGUCAGCUAUAAUUGUGUAAUUGUUUUUGCAUUUUUAUGGUCAAUUUUCUUAGUAAUAACAUUUGUGU